AUGGCCACCUCUGCAUCGUCGUCGUGGGGCGUCGAACAGGCUAAUCGUUCCCGUUCGGAGACGGUACUUUCGAUGGACGGUGGCUGGCCUCCCCGAUCUCCGCCACCAUUUCUUGCACCGUCGGUACCGUGGGCGAAGGGUGGUAGUAGUUACGGUCGCUUCGGCUCCCGACCGGUUAUUCCGGGACAGCAGGCAUGGACUACCGGUGGUGGUGGGGGAUCGAGUGGCGCCUUAGCACGUCCCGGCAGUCGGGACGAGGCGAAGUUACACAAAAGUCUCGAGGAAAUCUCCAAGGAAAUACGCGAACUGGACGACUUUAUCACCGUCACCGAGGACAUACUGCGCCGGGAACGGGAACAGGACGAACUGAUAUCGUUGCGUGAGCGCCAGCGGAAGGCGGCGGAAAGGACCAUCCAGCUGAUACGCAACAAGUGUAGUCCGACGAAAAAAUGCUUCAACCGCAGCACCACCACUACCCAGGAUGGCCAGAAGAAAGUGAUUCGCUCACCGACGUACAAGGUGAACAUUACGCAAAAACGGCGCAUCAAAUCGUACAGUCCGAAGGGAGGCUACAAGUCGAAGCUAUACUUCCGCAACGGGAAAAUAGGCUGCCAGGAGGCAGAAAAUUCGGUCUCGAAUCUGCGCAGCACGCACGAGCUUGUUAAGCGGAUAAUUAACGACGAAAACAAUAUGCUGGUGAAGCUGGAGCACCAGCACUUCACGGCGGAAAAGGAUGGAACCGACUCCCGGCGGUCGAGUUCGGUUGAAACGCCAGUGGAGAGUGUGCAAAUGUGCAUCACAGAAUCGGCCGGCACUUCGCUGUGUGAUGAUGAAGCACCGCCAGCGCCGCAAACGGUAACCAAUCCGGACAGGGUUGGUGAUCGUGCGAUGAUUAAUGACCAACCGCUGGAAAAUGCCAAUGGAUCAUCAACAGAAAUGAUCGAAGAUCGGCGGAAUUCUGUAACUCACUCGGAGAUGAUGCCAGCGGAUGAGAAUGAUUUCGUAACCGUGCGGCUGCGUCAUCUAGCCAGUCGUUUUUCAGAACGUACUCGCAAAAUGCGAAGUAAAAUUGAGAUCCCUCCAACGCCCUCCAGUAGCGCCAGUGCACCAUCGACGGCUCCUUCGAUACAGAAACAUAGCGUGAACCAACGCACCAUUCAAAAUUCCGCCCUUACACUCCAGUCGGCCACGGACACCACACCCAGCUGCAGCCACUAUCUCUUCUGUCCGAUUUUCUGCUGCGGAGGCCGCAGUGACAACGUGCUCGAUCCUCAGGGCAAGUUCUACAUCUCCUGGCUGUUCAUCGUGUCGUUGUCAUUUCUGUACAAUGCGUGGGUUAUCCCGCUUCGAUCGUCGUUUCCCUAUCAGACGCCCGAAAACACCAAGUACUGGAUCGCCAUGGACAUCUGUGCCGAUGUGAUCUACCUGUUGGACAUACUGUUCGUCAAACAUCGGCUCAUGUAUCUGUACGAGGGUUUCUGGGUGAAAGAUAAACAUCUGACGCGAAAGAACUACAUGCGGAAGUUGCAGUUCAAGAUGGACCUGUUGGCGUUGGUUCCGCUUGAUUUACUCUACCUACGCUUCGGCACCGAACAUGUAGUCUUUCGCGCCCCAAGGCUGUUGAAGAUACAAAGUUUUUGGGAAUUCUUCAAACUGAUUGAUCGCGUUAUCUCUUCACCCCAUAUUAUACGUGUGGUGAAAACGCUGACCUACAUGCUUUACAUGAUCCACCUGACGGCAUGUGCGUACUACGCGUACAGUGCAUACCAAGGACUCGGUUCGAAUCGAUGGGUGUUCAACAACAAGGGCCACGCAUACGUUCGAUGCUUUGCAUUUGCGACCAAGACGGCCACGUCAAUCGGUAAAAAUCCGAAACCGGAAAAGGAGGGCGAACUGAUGUUCAUGACAGCCGCAUGGUUGAUGGGUGUGUUCGUGUUUGCGUUGCUGAUCGGUCAGAUACGGGACAUCAUCGCGACGGCCACCCGCUCCAAGUCCGAGUACAAGCAGCUAGUGGACGAAACGCUCGAGUACAUGCGGCGGCUCAAUCUGCCGACCGAUCUGCAGCGGCGCGUUAAAAUGUGGUUCACCUUCACCUGGGAGCAGCAAAAGUGUCUGGACGAGACGCACAUCAUGGAUGCGCUGCCCGCGAACCUAAAGACAGACAUCGCCAUAUCGGUGCACAUACAGACGCUCUCGAAAGUGCAGCUGUUCGCGGACUGUGAGGAGGCACUUUUGCGCGAGCUGGUGUUGAAGCUACGCUCCGUCACGUUUCUGCCCGGGGACUACGUGUGUCGCAAGGGGGAGGUGGGCAAGGAGAUGUACAUCGUCAAAACGGGCCAGGUGCAGGUGAUGGGUGGUUCCCGGAACGACGUCGUCCUGGCCACACUCUACGAGGGAUCGGUAUUUGGUGAAAUAAGCCUACUCGCGAUCAAUGGCGCUGAGGGUAAUCGCCGUACGGCCGACGUACGGUCGAAGGGUUUUUCGAACCUCUUCGUGCUGUCCAAAUCCGAUCUAAACGAAGCGAUCGUGUACUACCCGAACGCCCAGGCCAUUCUGAAAAAACGUGCCAAGAGCCUGAUGCGUAAGAAUGCGGCGCGAGAGAAGGCCGAAUCGCAGCAGAGCAUUAACACCAAAGACAGCGAGGUGGACGUGGUGAUUCGCAAUCCAACCGAUCCCACCUCACCCAAGCUACUGAAGACGGUAAUCCAAGCUUUACCGCAGGAAUCGGCCGCCGUCCAGUUGCUGAUGCAGGGUUUCAAACCAGCCGAUUCACAGCACCUCGCGGUGGACGAGCAGCUGCCACAGGAAGAACCGAUUCCACUCGAAGAACCAACGGUUCAACCUGCUGAUAGGGAUGACACGGUAUCCAUGCAAAGUGUGGAGAUUAAGCACACAACCGAGGUGCAGAUUGAAAACGAGAAGAACGUGGAGCUGCCCUGCGAUCUGGUGUACAGCAUCAAGAAGGAGCUGAUGGAAAAUAACAGCUACAUCAAUCUGACCGACACAGAGAAGUACAAGCUUUUGCAUGAGCUGUCCAAGGAUGAGUAUGAGAGGCAGGAAAAGUCUCCCGUUUAAUGUUCAAUGUUCAACGUUGCCAGCUAUCGCUUAUUGGAAUAGAUUCCUUAACUAUGUGAUGUGAUUACUGUUCACUGUAAACUCAACGGUGCUGAGGCAAAUCUCGUUUAAUACGAAUUUAAAACAUUAUUUACUGUUCUGGGAAAACAAAAUGUACAGAUGUGCUUUAAAAGUCUAUUAAAGAGCUAGAAAAAAGUACAACAAAAGUUGCGAAACAUGAAAUAGAUAUUGCAGAACAGAACGAAUGAAACCAGAUUAGGACAGGAUUACCCUUUGCAUUACAACACAUUCCUUACAAAACCAUCUACCGUGGAUGUAUUAAAGGUACAAUGAGCUAAAGCCACUGUUCUGUAAUUUAUAUUCAUACCCCCAACGUCCAAUGGCAAUGACCUUCAUUACAUGUUUCUGCUAAAGUAGAAAACUGCCAUUGAUUUGAAUACGACAUUGAAAAAAUGGUACCUCACAUCCGAGGUUGGUCGCCUGGGGUCACGUGAGUCACUUCAGCUCUUUCAAAUGUAUCUUUGUGCUACAUUCGAUGUUGCCCUGUAAAGAUUGAGGCAGAAGUCGUCAAACUGUUUUCUAGUGCUCGUUAAAUCGGGAAAAAUGAUGAAUGUUACAAAUUGAAGAAAACCGAUCAAAUAGAGUGCUAUGAUGGGAAGAAACUAUUUGAUCACUCUAUUUGAGUCAUGCUCCACGUUGCCGACCCCUGGAUUGGAUCGUCCAAGCUACCCUGAAGCGGCGGAACGUGCAAUCCAUUGCUUAUGGCCACCCGGGCACCUUUUCAUCGAUACGCGGGUAUGUAUGUGGAUAUGUCGCGUGCGUACAUGCAAAUAAGCAAACUGUUAAAACGUGAUCGAUAAACGUGCUAUAGGGGUGGACGUCACGGUACAAAUCGUUUGAAGGAAAUGAUAGGGAGCCAGUUAUUAAUUGGCUCGGAGGAAGCUUGGCAGUUCAGACCACUGACAAACGAUCUGCCAUGGCCUUUCGGGAAGGUUGCUGUUGAAGUGCUAAGGAUAUUACUUUAGAUGAUACAACGGACAAGCGAAGGCCAUAAAUGGCUUUUACUACCUUUAACCUUUUUCCACAGCAAGGGGGUACAAAAGUAUUGCUAGUUUUAUAUCGAUGUUUGUGCUGCGUGUGAUUGUGCCAUUCUCUAUAUGUACGAUGUUGAGAAAAAAAAUACAAUAAAGCUUUUAAAA